UGAAGACCCUUUUGGUUUAAAGGUGUUUUUUUCUUUCUCCUUCAAUCACUUUUCUUGUUUUUAUUCUCUUUGUUCAUGAGUCAUAUCAUACCAACUGCAGCAGAGCUUAGAAGAAAUGAUUCUCUCUGUUUUGCUAUGAUCAUUUGGUGAAAAGGGUUGCUCAUGAACCGAAUUUUCAAGCCCGUUUUUUGCAUAAUUUUCUUGGAUUUUUUGUUCUUUUGCUGCUGUGAAUCUUUUCUGCUUUGUUUGAAUAUAUAGUCAGACGAGUUAGUUGAUUCUUGAUUGCUCAAUUUGGAGCAACAAUUUCACAAAAUUUAAGAUGAUGGUUUGGGACAAGAAUUUUAAUAUGGUUAAUCUUUCUUGUCUUUCACCAUGCAUCAUCUUAUGCGUAUGGUUCUGGUAUCGAAUCCUUUGGAGCUUAAAGCAAAACAGAAUGAAUUCAGCAACUACCCAUUUUGUUGCCUCAAGAAGAAUGGGGCUAUACGAACCAAUUCAUCCAGUUAGCAUGUGGGGAGAUUUCAGAAGUAAUGGAUGUCCAACUGCAUCUGCUUCCACCAUUUUACAAGUUGAGACCAAUCUAGAUAAUCAGUCGGAGGACACUUCACAGGGAACAUUUGGGACUCCACACAAGUAUGACCAAGAGGCCAGUAAACCUGCUGAUAAGGUAUUGAGGCGUCUUGCACAGAACCGUGAGGCAGCUCGUAAAAGCCGCUUACGAAAGAAGGCUUAUGUUCAGCAGUUGGAAAGCAGUAAACUAAGGCUGAUGCAGCUAGAACAAGAGCUCGACCGUGCUAGACAACAGGGCCUUUAUGCUAGUGGUGGAUUAGAUGUUAGUCAGCUAACUUGCUCUGGAACUUUAAACUCAGGAUAUACUACGUUUGUGGCGGAUUACGGUCACUGGGUGGAAAUGCAAAACAAACAAGUAAAUGAAUUGAGGAAUGCCUUGCAAUCUCAAGUGACUGAUGAUGAAUUACAACCUUUAGUAAACGGGGGCAUAAAUCAUUACCUCGAACUCUUUCGCCUGAAGGAAAUGGCUGCAAAAGCUGACGUCUUUUAUCUCCUUUCGGGAAUGUGGAAAACACCAGUGGAAAGACUCUUUUUGUGGAUUGGAGGAUUUCGCCCUUCUGAUCUUCUUAAGGUUCUUCAGCCACAAAUUCAAACUUUGACAGAGGAUCAAAUAAUGAAUAUUGAAAACCUUAGACAGGCAUGUCAACAGGCAGAAGAUGCUCUAUCUCAGGGAAUGGAUAAACUACUGCAGUAUCUGGGGAAUUCAGUUGCAGAUGAUCUUCUCGGUGAACUCUAUAAUCUCCCUCAGCUUCAAGAAGCAUUGGAUAACUUGGCAGCUUUAGAAAGAUUUGUUAAGCAGGUGAUUGCUAUAAUCCUUUUGAUGUUCUUCAAGAGUAGAAAUACUUUGCGCACUUCUUUGCCUUCAGUUUUCACUUCAUUUCAUUUGUCAGCUUUUUCGGAAUGAUGUGCCUAUUAACGUGUCUAAACGAAACAGAGAAGAUUAAAAGGGACCUUUGCUUUGCUGUCAUUCAAAUACUAUAGCAAUUUCUUGCACCAAUUCAUCAGAUGCGACAAACUUUUUGCAAUGGAGUUUCACUCCAUACAUUUACAUAAAACGUGAACAAUUUUUUUGGCAAGCAGGCUAAUAGAUAUAUACUGUCUUGCUCCAUUCCAGCUUUUCAGAGACAUUUUUCUUCUUACUUCUGGUGUUGGAUGUGAGAAAUGGAUUUACUUUUCGAACAGAUUUUAUUUAUGCAAUAAAGCUUGAGCUUGGUUAUCAAUCAUCUUGAAACAGGCUGAUCAUCUUCGCCAAGUAACCUUGCAGCAGAUGUCUGGCAUCUUAAGUGUUCGGCAGUCAGCUCAAAGCCUUCUUGUCUUGGGGUUAUACUUUGAGCGUCUUCGAAAUAUGAGCUCAUACUGGGCUAGCCGCUCGACUGAACCUGCCUAAUGAGUAAUGAGGAGAUGCAGAGUAUAUCUGAUGCAUUUUCGAGCGGAUACCAAAGGCAUGCAUAACUCCAUCAGAUUGCCCGUGUAGUCUGUGAUCACAAAAUACGCACAUCGAGGUUUCUCUGGGCUGCUACCAUUUUUCGAGCGGCUUCCCUCCAUCGAGAAGUUGUACAUAUAUAUCUAUUUCAUGAAGAGAAGCCUGCAAUUUUAAAUCUCUGUUUGCUUAUGUAUAUUUAUUUACUUCUUGUCAUCAGGGAGCUUGGAGCUAUAUGUUUUUUGACCUUUUCAGUCUUGAGGGCAGAACCAUUCUGUAGAUUUGCAGUCACAUUGAUUUCUGCAAUUGAACUUUUGUUCCACUUAGGUCAAGUAUGCUCAAUCAUAGUUAGAGAAAUAUAUAGACCUAAUAAAAAAAAAGUGUGCUUGUUAUUAAUCUCUACUAGACAUGAAUUUGAUUUUUAACAUUUCCAUUUGAUCAUUAUCUCAUAUCAACUUGAAUUCUGUGAACUUUUGCGACCAAGUAUAAACACACACGAUCAUUUGUUUCAUUUUUGUACUCUA